AUGGCUAUCAUUGGCAUGUUUUUCCAGGAUGGUCUUACAGGCUCAGCAUGGGGUGAUUGGGCCAACUACACUGAGUCGCCUCUUCGUGCAUUCGAGAACGAAUUGGGAGUGCAAGACUUCUACCGCCGCCGAGUCGUGGAGCUCAAGCACGGACGCGUGUCCAUGCUCGCAUGCACUGGAUACAUCGUCCAAGAGUUCGUGCGAUUCCCUGGAUUUCUGUCUCCAUCCUCAGACAUCAAGUUCGCCGACAUCCCCAACGGCCUGAAAGCCGUCACCGUCGUCCCGGCGGUCGGCUGGUUCCAGUACACCGUGUUCUGCGGGCUUUGCGAUCUGUGGAUCGCGGACCAGCGCCCCACCAACCCUCCCGGCAAGCUCCAGACGCGCCUGUUCGGUGACACGGCCCUGAACUACGACUACGGCUUCCUGGGCAUUCCCGCGUACCUGGGCGGCAAGCCCGUCGAGGAUCCGGAGCUCAAGAAGAAGAAGCUGCC